AGAAGGGAGUAGAUUUGUGUUGUUAUGGCGACUUCACAGUCUCUUUCAUCCUCCAUGGAAGCAAUAUCGAGCUCCGGUUUCAUUCCGAGGUUUUCAGAAAGGCCUUGUGCUGUUCAAUCUGUCAAAAUCACUGCUGACUGGCUCGGCAGCUGGGGGAAUCUGAAAUCCAGUGUAAGCGUGGCACAUGGAAUCUCCUCUUCCGUCGCCGGCUCUCGAAUUGCGGCGCUUCCGCGCGAAGAAUCGUCUGGUGGAGACGCCAACGAGGAAGAGCAAAAUCGUCGGCUCAAUGACGAAAAUGGAUUUGGUUUGGCUUCUGAAGGAGCUGUUUCCUGGUCUCAGGGUGAUUCUGAUGGGAAAAUUGAAACUUACAAAGAUAGAAUAGCGAAAAUGGUUACGCCCCUUGAAGUAUCACAUGGAAGCACGGUAGGGGGAGGUACAAGGGCUGGGCUCUUCAGGACACCGAUAUCAGGGGGCGUGCAAAGUGCCACUUCAGCCCAUGGUUUACCAAAACCUGCAUUAGCAGUUCGCAAUCUAAUGGAGCAGGCUAGGUUUGCCCAUCUAUGCACUGUGAUGUCCCAGAUGCAUCAUCGCCGAGGGGGUUAUCCAUUUGGUUCCCUUGUAGAUUUUGCACCAGAUGCCAUGGGGCAUCCAAUAUUUUCAUUCUCGCCAUUAGCUAUUCACACUAGGAAUUUGUUAGCUGACCCAAGAUGUUCGAUGGUUGUGCAGAUUCCUGGAUGGAGUGGCUUAUCAAAUGCAAGGGUAACCAUAUUUGGUGAUGUUUAUCCUCUCCCAGAAGACCAACAGGAUUGGGCUCAUAAACAGUACAUAGCAAAGCAUCAUCAAGGUCCUUCACAACAGUGGGGAAAUUUUUAUUACUUCAGGAUGCAAAACAUAAGUGACAUAUACUUCAUUGGAGGUUUUGGAACAGUUGCUUGGGUUGAUGUCAAUGAAUAUGAAACCCUCGAGCCUGACAAAAUUGCUGUUGAUGGGGGUGAACAAAACCUCAAGGAACUGAAUGCACUCUUCUCAAAACCCCUAAAAGAUCUUCUUUCACAAGAAGCUGAGGUGGACGAUGUCGCUCUGAUAUCAAUAGACAGUAAAGGCACUGACAUUCGUGUCCGCCAAGGUGCACAGUUCAACAUUCAGAGGAUAUCCUUUGAAGAAGGGCAUUCGGUUGAAACACUAGAAGAAGCCAAAUCAGCGCUCCGGAAACUAAUAAAUAAAGGCAAAGUUCACAAUUUGCAGAAAUGAAAACUUUCCAUGCUCUUUUCUGGACUUGUGGAGGUUGUGAAACUAGGUUUAAGCGGAACUUGUAACAUCAUGAUUUGGAAUUCGCUUGCAAGCUUGUAGCAUUAGAAAUACUAAGCAAUACUUACUAUGAGGGUUCUCAGGUGAGAGUUUGCAAAGAGGUGCUAAAUUUUCCACAUCUAGUCUAGAAUAAUAAUAAUAGUGUCAUACUAAGACAUGAUGUGUGUGAGAUAGAAUAAACUUGUCUGCUUUAAAAAUGUGCUGCCAAACUUCUGUGUAUGCCACUAUAUGCCAAUUGUUAUAUUGUGAAUCACUGACAUACAUAUUCAUUUUUAGUAUAUUGGAAGUUUAUUUUUAA